GCAUCAGGCUCCGCAGAUUUUGGACCUCAUAACUCACCUUCAGAGCUCCAGGCAUUGAAGGUUGUUAUGAUCGCGCGCAAAUACACCGCGAUCUAACAUCAAUUUUUGAAACACAGAGAAACUGCCCCAGCACGCUCUCAAUAAACCGCCAACAUGUCGAACAAACAAGGAAAGAUGGCCGGUUACAUCAACUGGCGGAUGCGGGUUACUCUUAACGAUGGAAGGGCAAUGACCGGUCAGAUGCUUGCCUUCGACAAGCACAUGAACCUCGUACUUGCGGAUACGGAAGAGUUUCGACGCGUGAAGCGCAAGCAAAACAAGCCAUCUGCCCCUGGCGCAAGCGGUUCAGCUACCCAGACCAUCGAGUCAGAGGAGAAGCGAACGCUUGGCCUCACGAUCGUUCGAGGCGCUCAUAUUAUCUCCCUGUCCGUAGAAUCGCCUCCUCCCGCCGAUCCUAGUGCACGACUAGGCAAGAGUGCUCCUGGUGGAAUUCCUUCUGCCUUGGCCGCUGGCCCAGGGGUUGCUCGUCCUGCUGGACGAGGAGCUGCACCUCCCUCCCUCGCCGGUCCUGCCGCUGGUGUUGGUGGUGCUCCCCCGCCUGGUUUCCCUGGUUUCCCUGGUGCUCCUGGAUUUCCCGGCCGUGGUGCCCCGCCUCCUGGCUUUCCUGGAAACUUUCCUCCUCCGGCUGGUUUCCCUGGAGGCGCUCAAUUCCCUCCUCCCGGGUUCAACCCUGGUGGUCCCCCACCGCCUGGAUUCCAGCCUCCUCCCCGAAGAUAGGUUAUGUAGGCACUGGUUACUUCGGGCAAAUCUUAAUGGCCUGUGAGGAGGCAUCGAUAUCGUAACUAAGACUGAGAAUGUCUUAUCUGCUCGUCGAACCAAGACGUCAUGUUGGAAUACAUGUGGGGAUUAUGAGCUUGGCACAAAAAUGUAUGUGAAUUUCUUCAUGGCACUUUACCGUCCUCCAUCAAUGUUAACAAGCUUGCCAAGACGUUAUACGGAGCACUUGAGGCGCAUGAUGGUGUAUUGGGCUAGAAGUGAUUUGUUGUUUUAUAGGAUAAUGGCCGCUCCAAGACUAUGGGUUCGUGUUGUCAAAUCACCACAGUACAUUUCGUGUCAAUAAAUUAUGAACAAGCAUGAGAGGGAUGCCUUUGCCGGUCUGUUUUGUGUCCCUGUCACUUGUUUACACAAGCCUAGUCCUUUAUGUGCUCAAAACAACUAUGAACUACUCAACUGUGCUGGUCUGAAUGCUAUGAAGGUUGUAAUGAAGUCCAGAGUUUCGCAAGGAUGGUAGG